AUGGCAGACAUGAAGAAGAUCCACCUAUUCAUCACCAAAACAGCUCUGCUGGAGUCUAUUCGCUCGUACAAGCCCGCCCUUGGCUCAGUGCCGGCGGCUCGGGUUCUGUUGGUGGGCCCAGUGGCAGCAGGCAAGUCCAGCUUCAUCAGCUCUGUGCAGUCUGUGUUCUACGGGCGUGUCCUGAACCGGGCCAUGGUGGGCUCCCCGUCCGGGGCCUCCACCAGCUUCACCGAGAAGUUGCAGUUGUAUAAGCUGCACAGCAGUGGGGAGAGAGAUGCUAAGAGUUUGUCUGUGGUCCUGUCCGACAUGGCGGGACUUGGGGAGGGCAGCAGCCUCACUCUUCACGACGCCUUAGCUGUCAUCAAAGGCCACGUUCCAGAUGGACACAAGUUCAGUGCCUUCAGUCCUGUGGGGUCAGACACAGCAGGCUAUGUGAAGGAGCCCUCCUUGGCAGACAGGGUGCACUGUGUGGUUUAUGUGGUCAACGCGUCCGAGAUGUCCACCUACUCCAAAACCAUGACCUCCACACUCCAGCAGCUCAGAAAGCAUGUUAGCGCUCUAGGUGUACAUCAGGUGGCGCUAGUAACACACAUUGACAAGGUCCAUGUCAACACAUCUGACAUGUCUCAGGUGUACUGUAGCACACCUCUGAAAAAUGUGAUGGAGCAGGCCAGUGCUGUACUGGGCAUGCCCGUGUCCUCCAUGGUGCCGGUGAAGAACUAUUCAAUGGAGCUGCACACAGAGCGGCACACAGACACGCUGCUUCUCCAAGCCCUGGAGCUCAUCUUGCAGUAUGUGGACCUGCACCUCAAGGAACACGCUGAACAAGCCAAGCAAGCGGAGAGGUCCAUCUCGUCUUUAUCGCUGGGGGUUGAGGACCUGGGGAUCUAAGAACCAUAGGGAUCCUCCAAGGGGUGUAAAUCACAGCCUCCAUGACGAUACAAUAUGGUAUCGAUUUCUUAAAGCAGGGGUUCAAUUAUUUUCGAUACUUAGGAAUUCCCA